AGCCGGCUGCGUCCUGCGAGGCUCUGGGACUUGAGCAGCCGGGCUUGACCCAGGCAACGGGUGGCUUUCGUCCCAGGAUGCGAGAAACAUUUCUUUGCGGGCGGAGGUCAAAUCCUCGGGAAGCCAGGCCAUCCAUCCCGUCCCGCCACUUGCCCCAAACCGAGCACAGGCAAUGGUCACUGCUGUAGGAAGCCCUGAAGAUCCCGCCACGCCGCCCCUCUCAGGUGCAGAAAAGCCCGCUUCCCCCGGCCCACCGGGAAGACUCCCCUGCGUCCACUUAGCCAGGGCAUCUGAGGGCAGGAGCUGCGCCAGGCGUGCCGGAUAGGCCAGAGGCGAGCAGCCCCGCCUAACCUGCUGUCCCCCACCUGAACCCAGCCUCGGUGCCGCGUAUUAUCCCCCGGGGUGGGGGAGGUGGUCGGCGCAGUCACGCGCGCAUCCCACUUGCAGCUCACACGCGCGUAAGGCUCACGCUCUCCGCCCGGCACACCUGCGCUCCGCCCCUUGGUCCCUGGCGAGCCACGGGCGAAGGCAUUUGAGAACCCAGGGGAGGCUUGCAGGGGCUGCCCCAAUCUCCUCCCUUUCCCAGGGCCCGAGUUACCCAGAGCCUGCCGCGGCCAACCAGCCCGCAUCCCGGACAUCCUCCUCCCCCUCCCCCAACGCCAGCACCGCACCGGUAUCCGCAGCCACAGCCGGGAGCCGGUGAGGCGGUGAAGGGGGAGGGGGAGGAAUCAAGGGAUGAGCGCCGGGAGGGCGUCGGGGGCCUUGAGCCGGACUAGGACGCCCCUGGAGCCAGAAGCCGAGCCGGAAUCGGAACCAGAACCUAACCACCGGUACCGGGUGGGCCAGGUGGCCGAGGUGGGAGGGAUCGAAAAGGGAAGGGAAGGGUCCGGGAGUUCCAGGGGGGAGGCGGCUGCAGAGGCCUGGCUCAGGCUGGUGCGGAGAAGGUGCAGACACUGACUCGGGCGCGAUUUGUGCCACAGCUGCCUGAGCAUUCUGUCUCAUCUCGCACUGCAGUGUCCUUGGGAGGGAGGCUGGUGCAGGACGAGCUGGAAAGGGAAACAGCUUGGGCGUCGGGAUCGAGCCUGGACCAGGGAGGUGGCAGAGGGCUUGCACAGGCUUCCUGCCACGGGCGCUCUGGGCAAACCAGCACCUCUAGCCCGGACAGCUCCCUGGUCAGGAAUGGGGUGUGACAGGACCCCUGAGGCGUGCCCUUUUCAGAUCCUAAGAAUGGCAUUCCUCCCUUACCACUUUCCAGCUGCAGUCCCCUAAACCCAGGAGGCGCCCUGGCCCAAGCUCGCCCCCCAGGGCCUCAUGUCGGAACCACAGCCUGACCUGGAGCCGCCCCAGCAUGGGCUGUACAUGCUCUUCCUGCUGGUGCUGGUUUUCUUUCUCAUGGGCCUUGUGGGCUUCAUGAUCUGCCACGUGCUCAAGAAGAAAGGCUACCGCUGCCGCACGUCCAGGGGCUCCGAGCCUGACGACGCCCAGCUCCAGCCCCCCGAGGACGAUGACGUGAAUGAGGACACGGUGGAGAAGAUUGUUCGCUGCAUCAUCCAAAACGAAGCCAACGCAGAGGCUCUGAAGGAGAUGCUGGGGGACAGUGAGGGAGAAGGGACAGUGCAGCUGUCCAGUGUGGAUGCCACCUCCAGCCUGCAAGACGGAGCCCCCUCCCAUCACCACACGGUACACCUGGGCUCUUCUGCCCCUUGCAUCCACUGCAGCCGGAACAAGAGGCCUCCACUUGUCCGUCAGGGACGCUCCAAGGAAGGAAAGAGCCGCCCCCGGCCUGGGGAAACGACCGUGUUCUCUGUGGGCAGGUUCCGGGUGACACACAUUGAGAAGCGCUAUGGGCCACAUGAGCAUCGUGAUGGCUCGCCCCCAGACAGGAGUUGGGGUUCUGGUGGGGGGCAGGACCCAGGGGGUGGUCAGGGGUCUGGGGGAGGACAGCCCAGGGCAGGAACACCUGCCAUCGAGAGGCGGCCCGCCGAAGUAUCACAACCCCAGGCUCUAGCCAGCCCACCAGUGCAGAAUGGAAGACUCAGGGACAGUGGUCUCGUCCCUUGCACACUUGAAGGGAACCCUGGAGCCUCUGCACAGCCAGUACUGGGGACCAGAGGGAGGAGCCCAAACCCAGGGCUGCCAAGUCCAGAGGUAAAUGGACAGCCAAGCAAACCGGACCCCUCAGAUUGCCAAGUCUCUCUGCCACAGGGAGUAGGGGCUGUGUGAUGCCAAGUCAGGUAAUCUCAUCCUCCCGCCCCUACUGAAACCAUACAAGCCCUUGUGCCCCCGAGGGUGAAGUGCAGAUUUGGCCUCUGCUGCACACUCCUGGCUUUGCUCGUAGAGAGUGGGCAUAUACUCCAGGGAACAGGGCAGGUCCUGCAGCCCCCUGGGAAAAACUGGGCCAGAGCCCAAACAGGAGCAGCACCAUUACCCUUCCUCUCCCAAGCCUCUUCGUUCACCACUCUGACACUCUGACAGAGGACCAGCUGGAAGGGCCAAGGGGCAGGCGGGCACAAAGGCUUUUCCCUCCACUGGACAGCCAAGGAACAAGUGCUGCUUCCACUUGGACCUGAACGGCCUCAAGCUGGGGGACCUCAGGACAAGUCUCAUACCUCCCCAACCCCUCAGUCUCUUCCCAGUUCCCUGGCCCACCAGGCUGCCUGGCCC